CCAGUGACCACCAGAAGCCAGAAGUGGGAAACAGUUCUCCAGGGCCUCCUUUCUGCCCUCAUAAAUCCACAGAAACUGACUUGAGCGGAUGACCCAAGAGCCAAACUUAAGAUUUUAAUUAAUGAAAUCAGGUUCUGUCUAUCUAAUCAACAGUUGGAUAGGCAUCUGAGGUGAAUUUAUAUAAAUAUACUGUUUAGGAGAUGGCUCUUGUUUCCUCCCAGUCCCUGAAUUGUCAAAAGCCUUUUGUCCUUGCAACAAAUCAAAAUGGAAGACCAAGGUUAUGUUUCCUCAAAUCACCCAGGAAGGGAACAAGUUUCUGCAUUUGUCUGAAAACCUUAGAUUGUCUUCCAAUGAUUCCUCACCCAAGGCGAUUAGUCUUUAUUGUCAAUGGGUUAGAAGAGGAUUCAACUCAGAAGGCCUCUCAAGAGGAGGAAGUGCAGAAUUUGGGGGUAAAAACUGCAGUAUGUAUGCUGAGGUUCUACAAAAGGGAGAUCUCUCCACUGUUGCCAAAUAGUUGCCGGUAUGUUCCUACUUGCAGUGAAUAUUCCAUGGAAGCAUACAAGAGGUAUGGAGUAGUUAAGGGAACAAUCUUGACGGCUUGGCGUCUCUGUCGUUGCAACCCUCUUGGUGGGUCUGGGUUUGAUCCUCCACGAUGGUUUGACGAGAGAAGCCCACCAGAACAAUGAGAGUUUUUCAAUAUCUUGAUAUUUUGAUUUUAUUCAUUCUCCUAUUAAUUUUGUUUAAUCUCUUUACUGUAACAUCUUGGUUCAUUCUUCUUAGAUUAAAUUUCAAAUUCUUAUCUAUUU